UAUAACAAAGAGGGAACUCCUGAUGUCUGGGACCUGUAUGGAUCCAUCUCCUGUAAAGCUGAGCUGGAGGGGGCACAGCCAGACAUAACACUGAGUGUUUCUCACACUCCAGAGGGAAACAAUCUACCCCUCGACCAUCUCAUUAUCCACCCGUGUGUUCAAAGUGCUGAUGCCACAGCCAUCAACAUGGAUGAUCCGUCGGACAUGAGAGCCACGCCCCGUCGUGUACGGUUUAUACCCCCCACUGAGAUGUUCAUUCUCUGCCAUUACACUGUGUCCUGUUUGAAGGAGGUACCCAUAAAAGGCUCUUACGAGAUGAGGAUGGAUGGAAAAACUGCCAAAUUGACUGUCAAGUUAAAAAUGAGUGAAAGAGUAAGAAACAACUUGGAGUAUUGCGAACUACAGAUUCCUUUUCACAAUAGAGGUGUAAUUGGGACAUAUGACGCCACACCUAGUCAGGGAAGUGUGAUGGUCUCCCCUGAUCGGCGGAUCCUCGUCUGGAAUGUUGGUCAGAGGUUCCCCAGCAAGUCCUUGUCCACAAGUCUUGAUGCUACUGUCCAUUUCACGGACAGUAAGACACCAGGGGCCCACGAAGACGCCUUCUGUGUGGGACAGAACUCCUACGCUAAGCUGUUUUUCAAAAUUCCAGAUUUUACUCAUUCCGGAUGUCAGAUUGAUCCCAAGUCUGUACAAGUAUCUCCCAACGUCAAGUUUAAACUAACAACAGUGCAGGAGUAUUUGACCGGAAUGGAGUACAAAAUCUGGAACAACCUUGGGGACUCCCUGGUCAGCAAUGUCCCCCACUCUGUACUGGCCGAGGUCAAGGUCAACGAUGACAUCUGAACUAUAUUGACAUAUAUAAUAUUAGCUCAUCUAAAGAGGUCAAGGUCAGCGAUGACAACUUAGACUUGUUGAGUUUCAAAACUCAUCUAGUGAGGUCAAGGUCUCAUCUAAAGACGUCAAGGUCAACGAGGACAUCUGAACCAUGUUGACAUUUAUAAUUUGUUUAGAGAGGUCAAUGUAUCAUCUUAUGAAGUCAAGGUCAACAAUGACAUCUAAAAUAUAUAGAUAAUUUUAACUCAUUCAGCAAGGUCAAGGUCAAUGUUGAUAUCUUAACCACAUGAACAUUUUUAACUCAUUUAAAGGGGUCAAGGUUCCUCAAGGACAUUUCUAAAACUUGUCUGUUGAAUUCAAGGUCAAUUGUGGUAUCUGAACCCUUUCACCCCUAGGUGACUUGCGUCCACUAUUGUCUACAGUGGUGAAAGGGUUAACCACAUAGACAUUUGUAACUCGAGGUCAAGGUAAGAUGACGGUCAUCUUACCUCAUGGAUAUACAAUGUAUAUAAAACCAGUUUAUAGAGGUCAAGCUGAGGGUUGGUGAUACCAUGUACGUCUGUUAGAUGUAAGUUUCCAAUCUAUACAGUCUAAAGUUAAAAUCGACAAUAGCACGCUUACUGCAAGUACAGCAUAGGUGAAGUCGAAAGGGGAAAAUGCAUUCUUUAUAGCAAGUAGAAAUGGUAUAUUGCCAGGUCAUCUGUUCCCAGAAAAACACAGAUUUAUUUAGGAUUGAGAGUGAUCCAUAUUCCUCUUGUGUACAUGUACAGUUAAUUAUACUGCCACGUAUUGUUCAGUGUAGUGUUGUCAUUAUAGAGAGUUUGACACUCUAUUAAGGGAGACAUGUGAAAGAAUGUUCAGAAAAAAAUGGAAAAGGGGACCAUGAAAUAUUUGGUUUGCAUGAUAAAAAGUGAAACAAGGGGCAUUAUAUGUAUGUUGAAUUAUGUUGUGAAUUGAAGUGAUAGCUGUUAACUUAGUUAUCACAGUGUAACACUGUGGUGUAAAGCAAGGAGUUGGUUAGAGACGUAAAUACUCAGAGACUAGAACCAUGACAUGGACACAAAUUAAUUACGUAUGUAUCAGACUAUUCUGAAACUGCGUCAAGAGAAUGGCAGUUGUUUGUAUUACGCUCAGUGAUGGUAGGAAGUUCAAAUGUUAGAGUGUGAAAGUUGUAAACUACGAAAUUGUUUAUGUUAGAGUGAUGACCAUAUUCAGGAUACAUGUAAUAUGUUUCAAAAGGGUAUGGGACCAAAUAUAUGUAUUGUUACUUUGAUGAGGUUGUCCUAUAUACGUAUACAUUCACCAAUCCACCAAGUGCCACUGUGGCUGAGUGGUAAAGGCAUAUCUUAUUGUUACGAUCGCUUGCCCUACACCAAUGGGUUGUGCCGCUGGUUGGUGGUUUUUCUACACGUACUCCGGCUGUCCUCCACCACCAAAACCUGGCACGUCCUUAAAUGACCAUAACUGUUAUAUGUAAUAGGACAUAAAACACAAACAAACCAAUCCACCAUCCAAGCUGCCAAUUGUAUUCUUUAUUCCCUUCAUGACUCAGAUUAAUGAUGACUCCAAAGUGAUAAACCUGUCAAAUUUCAUAUUCUGUGUUGAUGGUUAUUACCAUGAUUAUUAAAUAUUGCAUUUAUUGACAUUACCUUCUUGACUUACAAUACCGUGGUAUAUUCUGUGUUGAUGGUUCUUAACUAGUACUAGAAUAGUAUAUAUUGAUGGUUCUUAACUAGUGCUAGCAUAUUUUCUAUGUUGAUGGUUCUGAUCUAGCACUAUAAUAUUCUAUGUUUACAGUUCUGUACUACAGCAAGAAUAUUCUAUAUUGAUGGUUCUUACCUACAGUGUAGCACUUGACUAUUCUAUGUUAAUGGUUCUUAAAAAGCUCUAGAAUAUUCUAUAUUGAUGGUUCUUACCUACAGUGUAGCACUUGAAUAUUCUAUAUUGAUGGUUCUUACCUAGCACUAGAAUAUUCUAAGUUGAUGGUUCUUUAUAAGCACUGGAAUAUUCUAUAUUGAUGGUUCUUACCUAGCACUAGAAUAUUCUAUGUUGAUGGUUCUGAACUAGUAUUAGGAUAUUUUGUUUAAAUGAUCCACUUGUAACUAUUUGCUAUGUUGAGUGUUCUUUACUAUUUCUAGGAUGUCCAGAAAAAAUCCUAUUUGAAAUAACCAGGAUACAUUGAUUUUAUUUUCUUCAGGAAUCAUAAUUUCUGGAUCUGGAUCAGCUAGAAAAACCAAAUAUGAUGUACUAAUUGUAACUGUUAAUUUCAAUUUUUAAUUUUCAUCAAAAGACCAAGUCAGAAAUGAAUGCUGAUAAGAACAAGUGACUGUGUAAAGAAUCGCCAAUAGAGAAUACCCUAAAGCAAGUUAAGAACCAUCAAUAUUCAACAUUUAAAUGGAAAACUUAUUAUAAGUCAAAUUCUAAUGAGAAUGCACUGGUGCUUGACACACUAAUACACAUCAUAGUGUGUCCAGCACCGGUGAAAGAGUUGUAAAUUUGGUUUUAAAUCAUUCUUUGUCAAAAUUCUUUAUAUUUUGCUCCUCAAGUAUCAAAAAAGAAGACCACCAACACAUUUAGUGCAAUAUACAUUCCUUGGAUACAGGUUUAGGUAUUUGUGAAUACAUGGACCUUCCUUCAACUACAGACGUCAAGAAGGGGGUCAUAAACUGUCGAGAUAAGAUAUUCCGUGGAUGUACAAAACUGUUUUAUAAAUGUAAUUUGUUGAUUAUCAUGACCUAUUUGAUAUGUGUUCACAAAUAAAAUAUUUUUAC